ACAGACCAUGAGAGCUUCUCAACUUCUUAAUUCAAACAUAUAACUUUACAAAGACCUCUCGCAUCAUUAGUCAAUCCAAUCAUGUCCAUUUUACGUCUCCCCAAUUUCACAAACGUGUAUGGUUGUUUCAUUGAACGUGAUUGUAAUUGCAAGAUUGUUUAGUCAGCUACAACGUUACUCUGUAUAUUACAUUUAGUUCGCCCUAGCUAGUUAGUCAACUGCACGUACCACUUGCUGAGGAAAUUAUGCAAAUUAAAUGUGCUAUUUUACUAAGUUUGGGGAUAUUGUUGAAUAUAUCCUACACACACGCAGUCUCAUUGAUUAGCAUCACUUUUUCAAUGUGAUAUUGGCGGCUAGUCCGGGAUUUUGCUGGGCAACCCAACAACUUCAAAUGCAAAACUAGAACGUUUACCCCAACUUCCAUUUUUGGAUAGUUUGCGAAAUUGUAGAUUACACGUUUUCUGAGUCUUGCUAGCUAACGUUACAGUGUUGCGUUUACCAGUAAUAUUAUGUAUCAGGGUGUCUUUCUGUGUCUUCUUUUUAAAGAUUUGCCUUGAUUUCCUGCACGUGUGCCUUAAUUUGUGUUAAUGACCAAAAUGAUUGUUUUCCAAUAAUACUUAUGCAUGUGAACCAACAGCCAUCUAGAAUUGUUUUAAAUUAUUCAGUCUUUUCUGUACACCUAGCAUUCCACCUCAUGAUUAGCAAUCUACAUGGCAGAGCCUUAACAGAGAAGCAGAAUGUCCUGCAUGUUUUUAGCAAGCAAUUCAAGUCUACAGAUAAAACCUGUUGCCCAACCAACAGAUCCACUACACACUGCUGUCCUUCAAGCCAUACCAAGAACACAGAAGCACAAAACAGCCAGAUGAACAAGACCAAACGACUGAAAACACACAAAGAGAAGGACCCCUGUCAUGGUUGCUGUCAAAGCAGCUGUUGCCCUCCUCCACGGAGAGAUGCCCUGUUAGCCCGCGUCCUCCCCGCUGGGCUCUUGCCCAGCAUCAUCACGAACAACCGCCUCAUCGGCCACCAUGGCUUGUUCAACCAUGAGGUGAACUCCAUUGACAUUGAGCGGCUGCUGAGUGAGCAGAGGAAGUUGGAGAAGCUUGGGCAACGCGGGGGGCGAGGCAAAACCACAGCUACUCUGCCUCCCCUUCCACCUUCAUCUUCCCUUCCUUUCUCCUCUCCUGGGCCUGAUUCAGAUGUGGGUGAAGUUGCUGUUCCUGACAAUGUAUAGGAGGCUCCAGUUCAAGGGAGAGUAGAAAGAGUAGUAGCAAAGAUUAGUACUAAGGCCAACACGCGUGAUGAGUGUAGGUCUAAUUCAGAAAGCAGACUUUUUAAGUGUUCUCAUGGGGAUACACACGAGGAUUUCAGAAGAAAAUUUACAUCUAUUCAGGUUUGUCUGGAGAAGAAUGUAGCCAGUCACUCUAACAGCCAAGAGUCUGGUAUCACACCAGGGCAUACACAUCACAGCGGUCUGACAUCAGAGGGCGACGUAGUUACCCUAUCAUCCACAGAGAGUCCCUCAUGUGUGGUACGAAACAAGAGCAAGGGGCCCAGGCCUGUAGUCCGUGAAACACUGUUGUCACCCAGUGGAAAGAAUGAAAAUGAGAGACCACCUGACACAAGGGCCGAGGUUAAGCCCGUUGUCCUCACUUUGGAGCAGACCCCCAAAAACAAUGGACUUAUUCUUCCACACACACAGCCAUUCAGGCCCAGUCCAAACAUCACAGUGUCUUCCUUCCCAGCAAGAGGUGGAAGCAGUGAGAGCUCAGACAAUCAGAUGCAGCAAACUGUCACCAACCCUGUCAGUGUGGUAGCUGUGCGUCUGUGCAGGUCUCUGCAGCUGCCACUGCUCCGCAGGAGACACCUGGUGGCGGAAGGUAGGGAGGUGCUGUUGCAGGCCCUACGGGAGAGGCACGGGCUCCAGCUGCAGGAGAACAUCCUCAGCAUGCAGCGACGUCUCACCUUCUGUACAGGACCCACCACAACCAGGGCCAGCCAGGGGCAGAGCACAAUCGUAGAUGCAGAUGGAGGCUGGCCUGCAGCUCCAUUGGAUGGUGGUUUUGGAGAGAGCAUGGUGGAGCAUUCGUGCCUGGACUCCCAGAGGUCACCCCCCAACAAGAGGAGAAGGAAGCAGCUAUGCUGCUUUGGGUCGCAGCACAGCCUGGACACGGCUGCUGCAUGGAACCCCAACCCCAGUGUCGAGCAGGUUGGGGAACUGAUCAGAGAACUACUUAGGCCCGCUUCCUCCUCGCACUUCCUCAUGGACCUCCAGCCCUCUUGUUCCCCCUCUCGCCACCACGUCUUUGCACCCCUGCCUCACCUUGGGCAGCUCAAUCUGGUCCGCCUCAGCCCUGGGAUGACGUAUUCUACAGGGAAAGCAUGAGAUAGUCAACCAGGGAGGAUCCAUUUGAGAACUGGAGGUAUGACCCAGAUUUGAGGUUUCUAAACCAGACAGAAACAGUGAGGGAGAGAAGCAGUGGGCCUUUCUAUCAGAGGAGUAUGCAGUGUUUCCUGCAGUAUCCCACAGGGCCACCAGGGGGACACAGAGACAGACACUUGCCACAGCAGCAAGAUCCAUACGACAUUGAAGAGGCCAUUCCUUUUGUGCUCCCACCCACUAUCAACUACUAGACAGUCAUCAGCUCCACCCUUUUUAUCGCUUCAACCACCGCCCCCCAACCAGCCCUGUAAACUCCAGGUCCCACCUUCCUGACAUGGCUUACUAUCCCCCCUCCCAUAUGCUGGAGAGUGGCCUGUCCCCUCCUCUGCUCCCCGGGUCCCUGCCUGCUUUCCCCAGCCCUGAACGCUGGUCUUUCCCCCGGAUGAGACUGUACUGAUCCACAUCCACUGUGCCUGUCCAGAGACUGCAUAGUGAUGCCUCUGUGUAGUAGAGACAUGCAUAAGUGCAAUGCUGUUGAGUAUUUUCCAAAUGCAUACCAUCAAGUCUAAUUGUUUACAAUUACAACUGACUUUAUUUUAUUUAUUGUUAUUGAAUAUCAUCAUAUGAGGGGCAGAAAGACAAACUGCCAUCCAGGAAAUGUUGUUUGUAUU